AGAGAAGCUUCAGACAAGAAGAGGAACCUCUGGAUUCAACAUCUGGCAACAAGGACCAGAAGAAGAACACAACCAAAACAACCUUGACUGUCCUUACCAUCACACGCACACACACACACACACACACACACACACACACACACACACACACAACCACACGCAUCGGGCAGCAGCAUGUUUGAUGAGCAGGCGACCAAGGUCAAGAUCACGUCUGUGGUGAUCGUGGUGGGCAUGGCGGCGAUGCUGGCGGCGGUGGUGACCGACCACUGGGCCGUGCUCAGCCCCCGUGUGGAGAAGCUCAACGCCACCUGCGAGGCAGCCCACUUUGGCCUGUGGAGGCUCUGCAAGAAGAGCAUCUUCAUCGUGGAGGAGGACCCCAUGGGCAAAGGUUGCGGCCCCAUCAGCUUACCUGGAGCAAAGAACUGUUCCUACUUCAAACACUUCACAUCGGGCGAAGAGGCUGAAGUUUUUGAAGUCAAGACCCAGAAAGAGUACAAUAUCUCAGCAGCAGCCAUCGCCAUAUUCAGCCUGUUCUUCAUGACCCUGGGAACUGUCUGUGUCGUCUUCUCGUUUGGGAAGGGCCGUGACUACCUGCUCCGACCCGCCGGGAUGUUCUUUGCCUUCGCAGGCCUCUGCAUCAUCAUUUCCGUCGAGGUAAUGCGCCAGUCUGUCAAACGUAUGAUCGCCAGUGACGAGACCAUCUGGAUUGAAUACUACUACUCCUGGUCCUUCACCUGCGCCUGCGCCUCCUUCACUCUCCUCAUCCUCAGCGGAGCCGCCCUGCUUCUCAUCUCCAUGCCCCACAUGCCUCGUAAUCCCUGGGAGACCUGCAUGGACGCCGAUCCGGACACCUUAGAAUAGACACAGGGGAUGUAACAGGCAUAGUUGAAAAAUGUAAAUUCAAUAAAACACAUGGGAUAUAUACGAUCCCACACAUUUAUCAAUUCUACUAUACAAAGAAAACCGUUCCUCUGGUGAAGAUAAGGACAAACAUGCCCCUGACAAAAUUCAGCUAUAAAAAAUAUUUAUAUCGUUAUACUAUUUCACAUUUCCACUCAGUUAAUAACAGUGAAAUCAAAGAAUGCUGUUAAAUGGUUUGAAUUCUGACAUUUCUAUCUAUUUCCUGUUGAUAGUGGAGUAUUUUGUGUACACAGUGUAUUUGAGUCAUAUUCCACAAUUGAAAACAUUCCACAAAACUUACAACAACACAACCAAAAUGAGAAAAAAAGGUAAAAAACAGAAAAAGACAAGAAAAGAAAUCCCCAAGUUUAGCAUCAGGGUUAAAGAGGUUGUAGUCUGGUUUCCCAAGGAUGAAAAUACAGGCAUACAACAAACAGAUAAGACAGGUUCGAACCUUGAACGUAAGAGAGAUUAAAAGUCUGUGAUCAUGCGAAUCACGGAUAGCAGAUGAGCGGAAGAACCAUACACUUGUGAUAUCACAUUUUAAUUCCCUAGAUCUGGAUUUUCAGUGCAUGACAUCAUGACUGCGGCUCUCUAUAACUGUGGGUUAUGUAGCAAACCUUCACAUAAAACAAACCAUAAACAUCCAUUUAGAAUUUACUUCAAAAAUAUUGAUGUUUGUAAUUUUGUAUCAUUAAGUUACAUUACUUUUAUUCUGUUUGCCCAGAGCUAUAAACAUAUUUAGGGUAAGUAUGCUAUAGACUUUAUAUACUUUCAUUAUUGCAUAUGAUUGUAAAAUAGUAGCUUGAAGAUUGCUCCGUUCUGUAGACUGUACAUUGUUGCUGUCAGAAGAAAAUCCAAUUGUAUUUCUUUUUUUAAUUGCAGUCGCAUUCAAAUCCCAGCCGACCUUUUCAGUUUUCUCAUUUUAUUUUUCAAUCUGGUUUCACCUGACGGCUACAGGCAUUUCUAUUUCCUGUGUGUGCGUUACACAAAGGUUGUAUAUUCUUAGCUAAACAGUCGUCUUCGUCCUCACCAGGUUAUAUUUGAAUUAUUUCUCUGGCCCUGGAGUCAGUCAGCUGGUGCAGGUGCAGUGGAAUUAAAGUUCCCUAAAUAAUGCAGCUUCACAGGGAAACAAGAAGUGAUUAGAUUUGGCUCUGGGGUCCGACUGAGAAGAACAUUUCCAUUUUUCUAACUGCCAUAAAAAAAAAUGGGACUUGGACGUUGUACAGGUUUAUAUUUUAGAAAAUUGAAACAAUAAGCCGCCAGUUUUCUUCUUGACUAUUUUAUAUAAUUUGCACUGUCAUGAUCAGCUGGACAGGAACCAGCUGUUGAUUAGAGCGGAACAUCGUAAAAAUAAGAUUUUUUUUGUUUGAAGAAAUAUUCACCUCAUUGUUAACAAAUUGUCAGACUAUUUAUUUUAGAUUUGUGAAGUGCAUGUCCGUGAUUGUCUUUUUUUCCCACAUGGGAACUUAAAUAAAUCUGUAAAGGUCAUGAUGGUGUGACUUUUUGUGCACAGUGCAAAGCAAAAGACUUUUAUAGCAUUGGUUUAUGUUAAGUUAAUAUGAACUAAGGCACAAUCUUGUUAUUCUUCCCUCUGCUUUUCAUUCUGUACACACAGUAUAAAAUCAAGUAAGGUUGCAGAUUUCCUUGUUUGGCUUUUAUAUGUUAAUCUACCGACAAAGUCAAUGUAUGUAUUUAUUCAGGAAAUAAAAA